GAAAAAAAAAACAAGACAAGAACCUUUUUUUCUUCUUCUUGUGUAAAUUGUGAGAAACAUGAAGAAAUCGACAAUGGAUUUUUUUUAUUUGAACAACAAUUACUUGUUUUGAUUUGGAAAAUAACACACUCUUCACUGUUUUUGUCUCACUUUGGUUCUUUUCAUUCCAACAAUGAUGUCUCCUAAUCACUUGUCGGAUGAUCGAGGUUCUCCUCCUCAUCAUUUCAGACAUACACCGUUGCAGAUAAUUCAUGUUGCCGCAAAUUUCUUGAGGAUAUGGUCAAUAUACUCCAUGUUUCGUUACUUAUCACAGACCGGAGCUUCGGUUGUUCUUUUUCUUUUUGCUUGUCUAGCUCCUGCAGCUAUCCUAUUUUUGAUUUUGCAAAAGCCUUGGAAGGGAAGACCACUUUCCAACACACAGGUCGUGCCUUCUAUAAUAAACGGUUUUAUAACAGCACUAUAUCUCGUCUUGUGGGGAAAGGGACUGAAAUCAUGUGGACCAGUUAGAGCGAUAUUGGGUGAGUAUUCUGGUGCCGUCCUUGGAGUACUGUCUGGAGUAUUGUACGGGAGGCGAAGCAAUCUGUGGAAAAAGAUAGGUGGCCUAAUUGCCAUGUGUGCAUCAUUUUACCUGCUAUCUGAAGGAUGGGCAACGGCGACAUAUUUUCCGUUCUCACGGGAAGAUAGAGAUGAAACCGAGGCUCAGACAGAACAUGUUUUGGGCUUGAAGCAAAUGUUAAUUCCUAUCAUUGCUGGUAUCCUAUCAGCACUUAGGAGAGUGAUUGCAAGGCGAGUUUCAAUCAAGAAUCAACUUAAAAGGCGACUCCAUGCUUUAACUAUUGCUUCUGCAACGUGCUUUAUGUUUCCCAUUGCCAUGUGGGAUGUGAUCAUAGGAUCACCUUCUGAAAGCAAUGGGAAAUUGCCAUUCUCAGCUUGGGCUUUUUCUAGUACUAUCCUAUUUGGAAAUAUUGUGAUAUUCUAUGCUGAUAGUAUUGCAGAGGAGAGAUUGCACAUGGUUUUCUCCUCACCAAGGCAUUUGAUGGCGGCUAGUGCAUGCAUCAUCGUCAUGGAGAUUGUGUACAAGAUGGAUUUUUCUCUUGCAGGCUUCGUGAUUUGCAGCUUAAUAUUAGGUUUAGGGAUAUAUCAAGCAACUGCAUUAGAGCGGAAUAGAAAAGAUUCUGUUCGAAAUUCAGAUUUAUCGAAUGGAGAAUUCGAUAAUCAAAUCCAGAUGUCAUCACUACCUACUUGAAGGUGUUUGGAAGCAUCAAAUGGAAACUAUCGACACAUAAACCCGUUGCUAUAUCAUGAGUUACACUUUGGUCACCGGCAGUUUCAUUUUGUGCACUACUAACUGCAAAAACACUGUUAUCCACGGCAAUGAUGUAUUGUCGACCACUUCCGCGGACUUCCAGUUGCAAAAUUGUUAUCAACAGAAAUUCUCGCCGAUUGAUCUGAAGUUUAGGGAGGUUGAACUCCACUUUUAGCCUACAAAGUUCAUUAUUUUGUCUUGUACAGGAUCAUUAGUUAAUCACUUAAUCUAGCAGUUCCUUGUGUAGUUUAGAAGAAAUUAUCUGUUCAAAAAAGAAAACAUCAAUAUUCAUCAUGAUCCUGGUAGUAGUUCUUUAAAUCUUCAUAUAAGCUGACUACACAUUUUAAUGAAAAUAUUGAAUGCCAAACAGUUGGUUUUUGUUUCC